CCACGGUCUCAUCCGAUCCAGCGCCACCGUUAGCCAGCUAAAAUGGAGUAGCAAGUCAGUUUCUACAGAUGAAAAUGCGUUUCUGUUUUGAAAAAUAUGCCUUUUCAUAGAAAACCAGGUGUGGGAAAAUCGAUUUCAGUUGUUUUUAAAGCCUUCACACUUUCUGGAAGACAGAAUUUUCUUUUUUACGACGUCGGUAGCCGAGCGGGUUUAGCGUGAGAUCUGACAGAGAAGAAGAGGCUCAUCUGCCCGCUGCUGCUGCAGCGGCAGCUCGGUCUGUGGGGAUUUGGACAAAGCCAGUCAGAUGUUGUACGAUAACAAAUACCUAAACUCCGAUGUUUUAAGACCAGCUGAACAACAUCCGUGAAAGUGACGGCAUUAAGAAGAAAUAAGUCUGUUUUAGGAGGGCGAGAGUUUGGUUCUCGCACCGAGGGAAGGAGAAGAAGGAGGAGGAGAAGGAGGAAAGACCUUCGGGGAGGAAGAAGGGACGUUUGGGGGCCGAAAUCCCGAUGCCAGUGAUGGCAAACGAGCCGAUCAUCCUAAAUGUUUAUGAUAUGUACUGGAUCAAUGAGUUCACCAGCUCUCUGGGCAUCGGAGUCUUUCACUCAGGGAUUGAGGUCUAUGGAAGAGAGUUUGCCUACGGUGGACACCCGUAUCCAUUCUCAGGGAUCUUUGAGAUUUCACCGGGCGAUGCAACCGAACUCGGCGACACUUUUAAGUUUAAAGAAGCCAUAGUCCUGGGCAGCACCGACUUCACAGAAGAGGAUGUGGAGCGGAUUGUGGAGGAGAUGGGGAAGGAGUACAAGGGCAACGCCUACCACCUCAUGCACAAGAACUGCAACCACUUCUCCUCAGCUCUGUCCGAGAUCCUGUGUGGCAGGGAGAUCCCCCGCUGGGUCAACCGCCUGGCCUACUUCAGCUCCUGCGUGCCGUUCCUUCAGAGCUGCCUGCCCAAAGAGUGGCUGACGCCUGCUGCCUUACAGUCCAGCGUGAGCCAGGAGCUCCACGCUGGAGGCGGGGAGCUCGAGGAGGCGGAGGACGCUGCGGCCACGGCCUCCCUGGCUUCCAUGUCGCCCUGCUCACCUUCGUCGUCCUCCAGUCCCUCCUCCUCUUUGCCUAGACAUAAUCGCCCCCAACCCCGCCGGUAGAAGGCGGUUAGUUCUGCUUGGGUACCUGGGACUUUAAAAGGAACGGUUAUUUACCGGAGAACCUGCAGCAGCCGAAGAGUUCAGCUACAGCCAAAUGUCCUGCCUGACCGUUGAGUCGGGCUCUGAAGCGUUAUUUGGUCGGAGCGGGCCAAAUCUCUGCGCCGGUUCAGAGCCGCCAGAGAGUUGUUCCUUAGAAAUGAAAAGAACUCUUGAAUCUGGAAAAAAAACCUCUAAAAUCUCUUGUAAAGUUAGAAUUU